CCUUUCUCUUCAUGCGCCAUCGUGGAAGGGCAUGAUGUUCUUGUUACUUUUAUUGUCUUUAUGAUUGUAUUAUCUUAGAAUAUGCUCAAGAUGGUUUUUACCGCCUACUAUCGGCGAUUACGCUCAUUCUAUCUCUUCUUCAUUCUCCUUGCUAUCGCAUUACUUAUCCUCAGCAGCCGCGAAAGCACCCGAUCUUUGCUUCUCGGCAAAGACCCGAUUUGGCAGAACCUCUUCACCACGGAUGACGAUCUGCUGUGGUGGAAUGACCGUUUCCCAUGUGAGAAACAUGAACCGAUACGCAUCGCCAUCCUCGAGUCUGCCGGUGUCCACGAUGAGGUGACGGCAGCGCUGGUCUAUGCCUUUGGCGGGCAUCCCAACGCUGAGUUGCGGCUCUACUUUGCUCGCCAGCGCUACCAGUCCGAUGUUAUCAUCAACAGCCUCGAGCUGGAGACGCCCAUUCUCUCGGUCAACAGCUCCAACUACUUCAAGAGGGACGUCGCAAACCUGCCGCCUCCUCACUUUGUUGUCUCUACCACUUGCGAACUGGACCUUGAGAAACCAGAAUCGGUUGUCGCUCCUCUCCGUCACCUGCUAUUCAACGAGACCACGCACUUGUUCUGCCUUGUACAUCACGCCGAUUUCUGGGAUAAGGGCACGCAUGUCGACGUCGUCCGAGAAUGGGUCGACCGAGAGCGUGUUGAUUUCAUCGGUCUCAGCCAGCACACGGUUGAUUAUCUUCUGCAGAAGUCAGUGACUCAGUGGCAAAAUCUGCAGGCAAGUGUCACGGCGCGAACAUUUCCUCCAGUUUUCCCGGUCAACCAGACACACAACGAAAGUAUCCAUGAAGUCUCGCUAGCGAUGCAAGGGGACUAUGCUCCUGAGCGCCGAGACUACAAACGCAUAUUUGGAAGCCUGGACAACGUCGUGAAGAAAAUCAACGGAAGUGCUGCGACGGCUGGCGAUCACACUGACGAGACGGUCAAAUUGCAUUUGAUCGGACACGGCCCACACGUCGAAGUACCUGAGAACAUUCGCGGCAACGUUGCGUUUGACGAAGAUCUUUCGUAUCCCGACUUUUACAGGCUUUUAUCGCAGUCAUAUGCGGUGAUUCCUGCAUUUGCCUCCGAAACCUAUCUCGACCGCAAAGCUUCGUCAACAGUUCCCGCUUCGCUUAUUGCGGGAGUUCCAUUGGUGGCAAACGAGAAGCUUCUCGCGUCCUAUUCAUAUUUGCCGCGCGAGGCAGUCUGGCUCUCGGAGCCGGAUGAGAGGGAGAUGGAGACAAUCGAGAGGGUGGUAGGCGAUAGGGAAGCGUUUAUGGAGAAGAAGAAAAAGGUCAAGGAGGCAGCCGAAAACAUAAUGAAGCAAAAUCGGUUGAACGUGAGAAAGUGGAUGAACGAGGAUUUCACCAGGCGCGGGAUCGUGCCUGAAGACGCCGUCUCGACAUGACGACG